GAAAGGAACCAGUUUAUCACUUUUUUUGUGAUACCUGUGAUCGUGGUUUUAAAAAUCAAGAAAAGUAUGACAAGCACAUGUCUGAACAUACAAAAUGUCCUGAAGUAGAUUGCUCUUUUAGUGCACAUGAGAAGAUUGUUCAGUUCCAUUGGAGAAACAUGCAUGCUCCUGGUAUGAAGAAGAUCAAGUUAGACACGCCAGAGGAGAUUGCAAGAUGGAGGGAAGACAGAAGAAAAAACUACCCAACUCUGGCUAAUAUUGAAAGGAAGAAAAAGUUAAAACUUGAAAAGGAAAAGAGAGGAGCAGUAUUGACAACAACACAAUAUGGCAAGAUGAAAGGGAUGUCCAGACACUCACAGAUGGUAAAGAUCAGAAGUCCUGGCAAACAUCAGAAAUGGAAAAAUGAUGGUGCAAGACAGAGAGCAGUCACUGGAUCAAGCAAUCACUUGUGUGAUGGGAAGCCUGAAGGUCCACCUGAGGCAAAUGCGGAUCCUCUUAGCGUUUUGAUAAACAGUGAUUCUGAGUCUGAUAAAGAGGAGAAACCGCAACGUACUGUCAUACCCAAGGAAGUGACACCAGCCCUGUGCUCACUAAUGAGCAGCUAUGGCAGUCUUUCAGGAUCAGAAAGUGAGCCAGAAGAAACUCCCAUCAAGACUGAAGCAGACUUUCUGGCAGAAAACCAGGUUCUUUAUAGCAGUACUCACAAGAGUCCAAGUCAAGAUGUUAAAGCAACUGUUAGAAAUUUCUCAGAAGCCAAGUAUGAGAACCAAAAGAAAAGUCUUAAAAAAACAAACCCUAAGAGGAAAAACAAUUGUCAUAACUAUCAAACAUUAUUUGAACCAAGAACACACCAUCCAAAUCUCCUGGAAAUGCUUCUAGCUGCGGACAUUCGACAUGAAAGAAAUGUGAUUUUGCAAUGUGUUCGGUACAUCAUCAAAAAAGACUUUUUUGGACUUGGUACUAAUUCUACAAAAACUAAGGAUGUUUAGGUGCCUGAUGUUUCAGCACAAAUAACUGAAGCAUGUAAAAUAGUACCAUCCUCAAGUUAGUUGAGGAAAACCAAGAACCAUUUUUUCCCCCCCAAAACUGGGUUAGUCAUAAUUAAAUUGUAAACCUCAUAAGGAUAUUAUGUUGGAUUGUCAAGUCUUUCCUUUGAUGUUGUGCAAAUAAAUACAUUACUGAUUUUUUAAGA